UUGCAAUUGCAUUUUGAGGGCAUGGACAUGGCGGCUCAACACCCAACAGCGGCGCUCCUCUCGUGUGAAGUGGUGAUGGAGAUCCUCUCUUGGGUUCCUGCAAAGCCUCUCACGCGCCUCAAGCUUGUCUGCAAGUCAUGGAACUCCAUCAUCUCCCACCCUCACUUCGUCAAACUUCACCUUCGCCGAUCUCCCAAAAAUGCCAUCCUCCUCUCUACGCGAACACCAGCGCUCACCCUCGGCGAAGAAGGAAAACAGAGCAUAGUGUUGAGUAGCGUUGAGUCUUUCAUCCAAAAUCCAUCAUCCGCUCUUGAUGCUCAAGAGAAUCGCCACUCUCUACACGUACAAGACUGGGUUUCGGGUUCAUGCAACGGGUUGGUUUGUGUGGCCCGUAUUCUUUACCACCCCGACAACGAUAUUUGCGAUAUCUGGUUUCGUUUAUUGAACCCUCUCACAGGGUUUAUUUCAGAGAACUCGCCGUGCUUACAUGUCAAUGUGCAUAAUGCUUUUGGGUUUGGGUAUGAUGAGUCAAGUGACAGUUACAAGGUAGUGACUCUCAUUCCGGAUUCUUCUGGAACAGUCACUGCGCAAGUUUAUAGCUUCGGUGGCAGUUCUUGGAAGACGAUCAACAGUUUCCCUGCUUUUCCGAUUUUAGCUGAAGAUUAUAGUGACCACUUCAUCGGUGGCACUCUUAAUUGGCUAGGUCUCCGUAACCCACAUGGAGGUGAUUAUGAUUGGGCUGCUGUUACACUUGAUAUGUUAAUGAUUGUUUCUUUUGACCUGAAAUCGGAUACAAACAAACAGAUUCUGCUUCCAAAGGGUAUCGAUGAGAUCCCCGCUCAAGAGCCAAUUCUGGGAGUUUGGGGAAAUAGGCUGUAUCUUCUUCAUGAUUACAAGAACACUCAUUUUAUUGCAUGGCAAAUGAAGGAGUUUGGAGAUGAAAAUUCUUGGACUCAAUUGCUAAAGAUUAGUUUUCACCAUCUCGGUGUUGAAACGCUAUUACCAGAGUUUAUAUUUGAGAAUGGAAAUAUCUUCAUGUUGAUAGGCAGGGGUAGUUUUGAGGAAGUUUUUUAUGACCGAAGAGAUAAUAGUGUUAAACGCCUUAAUUUCUUUUCCAACAAUCGUUACCUCAUUGCAUUUGAUUAUGUUGAGAGCUUGGUUCUGCCUUGUUAAAAUUCGGUUCCUAUUCAAAGUUUUGCUUCUGCAGCUUUUUGUUCUGUCAGCAAAGUUCAGGUCAUUGUGAUUAUUUUGGGUGUUUCAUUACUUCGAUUACUUCUUGUUGUUGGAUCCAAAUUUGUAGACGGAUCACUUUUAUUUUGGCUGCAAACUUUAUAUAUACAGGUGCAUAAAAUUCUAACAUCCUUAUCAUGACUACUUGUUGCAUAAGUUUAUUAAUUUUUGCUAAUUGUUAGAUGAAGUUUACAGACAAAUGAAGUUGCGUUGAUUUUUUCAUUAGUAAGAAUCUAGAACAUGAUUUUCUGGAGUGAAGAAUGAUUUUCGCGACCAUCCCAUUGUAAAAGGUCUGGAAAAUGUGACACCAAUGAUUACAAAGAUAGACCAGAAGAGUGCAAUAGAGCUUGAAUCAUAUGGCUUGGGUACAAGAAUGGUACGUAAUUCCUACUAGUAGUAGUUAUAGUGAUUAGAUCUUAGCAUGUUGCAACCGUAAUGUUGAGAACUUUAGAUGAUACAACAUGUGUAGCAUGUUAUUGCAAGCAUAUGAAUGUAAGCAGUGAAGAUUGAGAACCAAAAUUUUAUAGAACUAGAGGCUGUUAUUAGGUGAUAUAUAUGUGUGGUAAUUCCUUUGCCAAUGUUAUUAGUUCCUUUGAAAUAUUUACUUUUUUUUCAUGAUUUCAAUGGGUGCUAUCAUAUCUUAUGGUCAACUAGACAUUUUAUGACAAUAGCUUGUUAUAUUGAAGACCAAGAGCAAUAUUUUUAAUCUUAGUAAUGAUGUUCUGUAUCACGAGAUAUCCAGUGUCAUGUAUGCAAAAGA